GAAGAAAGUCCAUGGUGUUUUCCUGGUUGGAUGGCCUGCGCUGGAUCUAGCCUGUCAAAACUGCAUUGAAACGGGAGCAACGUGGGAUAAAGUCACAAAAAUCAGGGGCUGUUCAAAUCUUCAUAACCGUGACUGAGACUUGAACGGGCUUAGAGAGCAAUCCACUUCCCCUCCCCAACCUCCUGUUCCUGACCCUCUCUGAAACACAUCUCUCACCAUGAAUGAAGUUAAUAUAGUCAGAGAGGGCUGGCUCCACAAAAGAGGUGAAUAUAUCAAAACAUGGAGGUCCAGGUAUUUCAUCCUGAAAAGUGACGGCUCCUUCAUCGGUUACAAGGAGAAGCCUGAUCUAAAUGACCAGACUUUACCACCACUCAACAACUUCUCAGUGGCAGAAUGUCAAUUAAUGAAGACUGAAAGACCCCGGCCCAACACAUUUGUCAUCCGUUGCUUACAGUGGACCACUGUCAUUGAACGCACCUUUCAUGUGGACAGCAAUGAGGAGAGAGAGGAGUGGAUGUGGGCAAUCCAGUCUGUGGCAAAUAGUCUGAAGAUGCGGGAACAGGAGGAGGAGGAACCAAUGGAUGUGUUUGGCUCACCCAGCGAAAGCAGCCUGGAGGAGAUGGAGGUGGCUAUAUCCAAGAGCUGCUCCAAAGUGACAAUGAGUGACUUUGAGUACCUGAAGCUGCUUGGGAAGGGGACGUUUGGGAAGGUGAUUUUGGUGAAAGAGAAGUCCACCGGAGUACAUUAUGCCAUGAAAAUACUGCGUAAAGAGGUCAUCAUAGCCAAGGACGAGGUGGCCCACACGGUUACGGAGAGCAGAGUGUUACAAAACACACGGCAUCCCUUCCUCACGACACUGAAAUAUGCCUUCCAAACCAACGAUCGGCUCUGUUUUGUAAUGGAAUACGCCAAUGGAGGCGAGCUCUUCUUUCACCUGUCACGGGAACGAGUGUUCACAGAAGACCGGGCACGCUUCUACGGUGCUGAGAUUGUAUCAGCGCUCGAGUACCUCCAUUCACGUGACGUUGUUUACCGUGAUCUGAAGCUGGAGAAUCUGAUGCUGGACAAAGACGGCCACAUCAAAAUCACUGACUUUGGUCUGUGUAAGGAGGGCAUUACCCCGGACGCUACCAUGAAAACCUUCUGCGGAACUCCUGAAUAUCUGGCACCAGAGGUCCUGGAAGAUAAUGACUACGGCCGGGCAGUGGACUGGUGGGGUCUGGGUGUAGUCAUGUAUGAGAUGAUGUGCGGCCGCUUGCCUUUCUACAACCAGGACCACGAGCGUCUGUUUGAGCUGAUCCUCAUGGAGGAGAUCCGCUUCCCCAGGAACCUGUCACCCGAGGCCAAGUCCUUGUUGGCUGGUCUGCUCAAGAAGGACCCCAAACAGAGGUUAGGUGGUGGUCCCAAUGAUGCCAAAGAAGUAAUGAGUCACAAAUUUUUCAUCACCAUCAAUUGGCAGGAUGUGGUACAGAAGAAGCUCACCCCACUCUUCAAACCUCAAGUGACAUCAGAGACAGAUACCCGGUACUUUGAUGAGGAGUUCACAGCGCAGACCAUCACACUCACUCCUCCAGACAAGUAUAACAGUCUGGACUGUGAGGACCCCAGCCAGCAAGCACAUUUCCCCCAGUUCUCCUACUCUGCUAGCAUAAGAGAGUGACAGCACCUCUGCCACACACACAUAAACACACCAAAACACAAGUCAUGAACACCUUGGUCACAUCCCUUACAGCUAGAAAAUGACCAGAACCUUCAUCUUUAAUGCGGUUUUGGUCCCGUCAGGAUCCAGGCGUCUCAGCUGGUGGCCGUAUUAUUAUAUACAAUCCCUGUUCAUCCACACUACAGGCAAUGCCUGGCCACACUGGCUGUACUAUAUCAGACUGGACUGCAGUACCUCACAUAGUCAUCAGCACAACGCAACAACAAAAUCAGGACUCAAUAGUGCCCUCGGAUGGCCUAUUAACUACUACUGCUGCUUUUUCAGACUGUACACCGCCAACUAUUUGUAACACCCCCUUUUUAUGGUCUUAUGAGAAGCCAUACAGUUCCUGAUGUUUCCAAGUGCUCUUCUUCAGAACUAGCUGUUACCACUGGUAAUAGACAGGUUUGUAUAUGAGGGAGGACUAUGCGUGGCUGAUUGUUGGGUGUUUUUCUGUGAAGUGUGUGUGUGUUUUGGGGGGGGGGGGGGUGUUUUUUGAGAAAAUUGGGGCAUCAAAUCCAAACUGUAUGUCAUCAGUUUAGUCAGAGUGCAUCUGUGAGAGCAUGAGGAUUUGUGUGGGUCUUAAUACGACACUUGCCCAGUAUGCACCAGGAACAAUGUAUGAAUUGAUAACACAUAAUGAUCAAAGUGUCUCUGUGGAGAAAAACUUUGAAGCGUGAAGGUGUCGGACAGAGAGGCUGUCCUUUUUAAACUGUAUGCAAUGAAAACAAAUCAUCUGUGUAUUAGUUUGCUCUCAUCUCAGAAUGUGAUCUUUGUUAACACAUCUGUCAAGUGCGACACCGCAAUUAAUGAGAAUUGGCAAUACCUUAAAGCACAGGGUGUAUAUGUUAUUUUUUAGAACAAGGUUUUUUAAUUCUAACACAAUUUUGAUCAUUUCUUGAUCAGCCAAAUACACACCAGCCACGUUAUUUAAUAGGCUUAAUAAGCACUUAGUGACAUAAAGCAGACCUAAUUUUUCAGAGGUGGACGUGUUCAUAGUGUAGCUGAAAGCUUCCUGGACUGGUGUCAGUGCUCAUUAUCUUUUAAAACCUCACUGAAAUGUGUCCAUUGCAAUAAGUAUCAAAAACCGUUAGACACCAAAUGUUUGCAUCAAAUGUGAAAUCAGAUUCCUAAUCCAGCUGACUUCCUCUGGAUCAGAUCAGGCCAUUUCAUUUUGACAAAGUUCUUGUACUGCUGCUUAUAUUUAGACAACAUUUAACAUGUGAGAACUUUGGUGUUGUCUUUUUUUUUAAUGUGGAAAUCAAAAAAGCUGUUGUUUUGGUAUGCGUACUGAAACUCAGGUGUAGUAUGGGGACUGCUAUUGAAAAAAGGACAACCAGAACUAGCACCAAACUGAGGUCGUUACACUUUCAGAGAACAUGUUCGUAUUUGGAGUGUCAUUCUUUCUUAGUAUUCAGAGCUAACUCUGUAAUAUUUCCAGUUGACUCAUUGCUAUGUUAUUACAUAUCUUUGUAGCCUUUCUAUGAAAGUAGUCAUUUCUUAGAUCAUAACUCACUAUCUUAUACUUAACCUACCGGAGACUUUACAAUUUUGAAGUUGUGGCUGAGAGUUCACGCAGUUUAAUGUCUUCCUGGACAUGUGUGUCUGUCAUCUCUUUGUACAUCUUACACUUCUUACACUUUUCCAGGGCUGCUGCUUUUCAAACUGGAAUGUGCCACUAGAUUCAGUUGGACAUGUCGUAACUGGAGACCUAAAAGAAACUCAUCCAGGGAGCUGUGUGCAUCAUGAACAUGGUCCAUUGUGAGAUUUUGUGUUUGAGUGCAAUGGUGACUUGCAAGGAUGUCUUUUUAUUAUUUUCAAUUCUUCCCAUUUAUUAUUAAUCGCUGCACAACGUUAAAUGGUAACCAUGAGGGGUGUACCAUUAAGAUUUGCAAUACUGGGUGUUAUACUGUACAUUAAAAUGCGCCCAACAUUGUAUUGGUGCUACACUGUUGAGUCACUGGUAAUAGUUAAAGAGCUGGUGCAGACCACCUGCUCAACUUCCCGUUGUUCACAGAGCCUUCUACCACAUAUGCUGUUUCAAAAUAAUUUCCGUUAUUUUUGUUUUUGUCUUGUUUUUCUUCUGAUUUUAGUUCUCGACUUCUUUUCCUUCAUCCUUCCUGUAUCCUGAACCAUCUUCACAGAUGGUCUCAAAUUAAGACAAUUCAUAAUGGUUGAAAGAAAUGUUCGUGUUUUCAGUUACAUUACUCUAUUCAAACAAUUCAUUUCUAUUUGUCUAUGAAUGUAAUUCUGAAAGACAUUGAUCCAAUACACGUUUUUAACUGUCUUAAUACA